CCACUCGCAGAUUCACUCAACCCGGACGCAAUCCUAUCUCCUCUAAAUCUUCUCAAGAGUUUCAUAAGCUCUUCUGCUUCUUCUUCUAGUCCUUCCUCUCCUUCAGAGAAUCGAUUUUGCAAUCUAGUUUGGUUUUGUUGAAGUCAUACUCAUGGCAAAUCCUGUUGAACUUUCAGCCCUCAAUCGUAUAAAAUUGCAUCUUCUAGGUGAACUGUCUCCUGUUGGCAGUUCAGCAGGCGAUGCUAUCCAACACCUACAGCUCUCGUUUGGUGAACCGAACGGAGCAAUUACCAGCUCUGAUUCUGACUCUCUGUGUUCCCAAUCAUCAAGUUCUGACUCUUCUAUCACUGUGUCUGAUUACCUCCCUGAACUAUUCGACUUCCCAUCAAACCUAUUUGAGUUCGAGUUCAAAAAUCAAGUCAUUGACCUCUCAACGCCCAAAUUCGAAACCGAAGCUUCACAAUUUAACUCCCAUUUUUCCGAAUCAAAUGCAAACUCACAGGCAACUUCAAGCUCUGGCUCACAGACCAGCAGUUGUAUGUUCGAGUUUCAAACUACACCCCAAAUCGUCGAGAAGAAAUCUCACUUAAAUCGGAAACCAUCGCUGAAAAUUACGCCACCGAAAAAAACCGAGUGGAUCCAAUUUGGAAACCCGGAUCAACAACAGGAGGUUUCAGAGGUGUUCGUGCAGAAUAAGUCAGACCUUGAAGUAAAAAGGCACUACAGAGGAGUCCGACAGAGACCAUGGGGCAAGUUCGCAGCAGAAAUUCGGGACCCGAACAAACGUGGAGCUAGGGUGUGGCUCGGAACGUUCGAUACGGCGAUCGAAGCCGCAAAAGCCUACGAUCGAGCCGCGUUUAAGCUUCGCGGAUCCAAAGCCAUACUCAAUUUUCCUCUGGAAGCAGGAACCUCCGGUUCGACGGACGGCACGGAGGAGAAAAAACGCCGGCGGCAAGAUGAUGCGGUGGAGGCUGAAAUGGAAGUUAAACCAGUAGUGAAGAAAGAGAGGACGGCGGAAUCUGACGUGGGAAGAAUAAGGGAUACACCGCUAACGCCGUCAAUGUGUACAGGCUUCUGGGAUAGUGAUUUGAAGGACAUCUUCGCAGUCCCGCCGUUAUCGCCGUUAUCUCCUCACCCCACUUUGGGUUAUCCACAACUCAUGGUUGUAUGAAUUAUGAAAUAAAGAGCAUUUAAAAAAAAAAUUAAAAGGAGAACCAUUGUACAAUUUGAUCUUGUUAGUGACCCAUGCUAAAUGAUUCAAUUUAUUUGAUUUUUUGAA